GACAAAGGGCCUCUGCGGCGUAAAUCGCGCCAUAGCGACAGCCUGUGCAUCAGUUGUGCGCUUCAGGCAUCGAUCUGAUAUCUGUUUCGAAGGCCUACGAAGUUUCGGCAUCGGUGCGUACCGGCAAGCCGCAAAACGAGCCACCCAGCUCGAGCUGUCAUAGCAAAAUGAGCGCGAUGGCGGACGCCAGCGACGCAAAUACAAUGGACCCGGCCGGCGGCCUCCUCAAGUUCUUCAUUGGCGAGGACCCCGUGCAGCGCUGCCUGCGCCACCCUUUACUGAGGGAGUACGUGACCGACGCGGCGUUCUGCAGACGACUGCGAGAAUUACAAAAGAAGUGCGAGGCCGCGACGACGCCGGAAGCCAUGGGCGAACUCACCAGAUUGAUGCUGCACGACCCGCGCCUGACGCAGUGCUCCAUGGCCGGGGCGGGCAUGAAUUUGACUGUCGAGAGUGAAGAUAUCAAAAAGGCCGAGCGCACGGGCGACGUCGAGAAGAUGUCUCCCAUACGAGUGGACGACGUCGUCGCCGCGCAAGAAAUGUGUCAAGAUUCAGCGACGGCCAAGGCGGAAGGCAACGCGCGGUUUGCAGCGGGCGACAGCGCUGGUGCUUUGGCCUUCUGGGCGCGAGCACUAAGGUUGGAUCGCGAGAACGAUGGCCCUGACGACAUGGCGCUGGCCGCGGCGUUGUACGGCAACAUCGCUGCGGCCUUGCUCAAGCUCGGGUAUUGGAGUCGCGCGGAGCAGGCCGCUUCGAGGGCCGUAGCGUACUGUGACGUCGUGGAGAACGUGAAUGUGAGGCGGCGCGCUUUGUAUCGACGCGCCCUCGCGCGGGAGAAGCGGCGGGACGUCGCGCGGGCCUAUUCUGACGUGCUCGAGGCGCGCGGCCUGCGUCCGAACUCUCCCUUCUUCACGCAGUCGACGCGUCGAACAACACAGGCCCAGAAGCUCGACCCGCCUCCCGCCGAACUUAAACUCUUGAACCGGGACGCGCGGCGCCUCCUCAAGCUCACGAAGCACGCCGAUGAAGCAAGGAAGGCUCGAGUCAAGCGCCGCGCGGAAGAGGCCCGGGCCGCGCACCAGCGGACGGCCGGCGUCGGGCUAGCAAGUAAACCGGCAUCAUCAAUGCCGGUGCCCGGCUCGACGCUAGGCUACCUCGAGGAGAGCGACCGCUCGCGCUGGGCCGAGGCGCGCCUCGCGGAGCUGCUCGAGAAUGUCGAGGUCGACCUCGGCCAGGGCGCAUGCGUGGCCAUCACGACGUGUCUAUCAAACGAAUCCUCGGUCAGCGCGUCGGUCACGCGGAAGCGGGGCCAGCGGAGUCUGUACUACGACAUCGACGUGAAAUGCGCCUGGCGCGCGGAGUGGCGCGGCUUCGACCUGUCGCCCGCCAAGGACGGCCCCCGGCCGCUCGAGGGGUCCAUCCGGCUCUACAACGUGAGCCACGAGACGCGCUACGAGCCCGGCGCCGACCCGACGGUGGCCUACAUGUACCAGGUCGGCUACAAACUGCCGCGGCCGGACUGGUUCGACGGCUCCGCGGCGACGGCCGCGGCGCCGCCCUGGGCGCGGACGUUGAUUGAUGGGGCGCACGAGUUGUACGCGGCGGCGGCGGGCGCGGUGGACGCGCUCGUGCGGGAGAUGACUGAGAAGUAAUGUGAUUUAAGACAA